AUGGUAUCACACAGCAAGAAAAAAGAGCAGAAAAACAAAAUGUCUCGAACAAGAAAACGAGCUUGCAGUCGACAUUCGACUAGUGCAGACGCUUCAUCUGCUUCAAAGAGUAUUGAAAGUGAAGAUAAUGAAGUUCUGACAUCUGGUAUCUUUUCUCGAACAGCAAUAGAUUCGAACACAACGCAGAUUGCGGAUAAUGAAGAAUCUAAUGAUCCAAAACUGAAUCACAAUACUUUUUGGAACUUCGCCAUCUCAAUGAGCAACCCCAUUCUGCAUGAAAAGAUAGCCAAUGAUAAUGUGGUGAAUCUUGUACUGCAAGAAGUCCAUAGACAGAUUUCUCAACUCAUUACUGGAGCAAAAAUCAUCAUGCAACAAUCAAAAAGGCAAAGACUUCUGUGCGAAGAUCUAAAUACUUACAGUGGAAUGAAAAAUGGGAAGGUGCUCUAUGGAUUCUCAGAAGAUAAUCAAUGGCGAAAGAUUGGCGACGUAUUUGUACCUCGUAAUGAGAUUCUAGAUUUACAAUUUCUUAGUGAAAGUGUGUGGGUUGAAACCUGCAAUGAUAGGAAAUCCGCAAGUUGA